GUACAGUCACGGAUUAAGGCUCUAAGGUCUAUUUUAGUUUCUUCUUGUUUGCCACUUGUUUACGAAAAGCGGAUCAACUCCUAAAAAGAUAUUUCGGACCAUUAACUUGAUUUGUCUUUAUUUGUAAAAUAUGUUAUUUAUUGCAGAAUAUUUAAGCGAAAGUGUUUAAAUUUAUCGGCAUGCAUUUGCUCAGAAAUGUCAGAGAUAAAGUAUAAAAAUCAAAUUCUAGCAGCAAUAGAUCAUUUACGUUCCCGAAAAUCACGACCAGAUAUAAACAGAAUUUGUAAGUUUAUGAUAAAGUGUUAUAAAGUAGCUCCGAAAGAUACUAAGGCGGACCUUAAGCGUUGUCUGAAGGAAAAAAGUAUUUAUAAAGUUGAUUAUAAAGAUAAUGUAAGCUACAGAAACGCAGCAAAGUGGCGAAAAAAAUCAACACAAAAUAACAAAAUGAGUAAUAAUACAACUAUUGCAACCAGUGAGCGACGAAUUAUAACAUCUGCUAUCGCAACUUUAAUAUACCAAGAUCAAAGUUACUUAGAAAAUGGCAUUGCAUUUGAUGAUCUUGUGAGAGUUGCAGCUUCACAGGAGUCCAAAUAUUCUAAGAAACAACUUGAAACAAUUAUUAAUAAAGAAUUGACAUCAGGUAGUUUGGUUAAGCUACCAAAUGGCACUUUGGCCCUCGGCCCUGCCGAUCAUGAUGGAGACAGCUCUGAUAGUUUCAAAUUUGAAUAUAAUGAUUGUAACACAAAGAUGACUUCUUCAGCCAAUUCUUCAUGUCGGUCCUCACCACAGCGCAUGAGAGGUAGACCUAAAAAACGUGGUGGUGGAGCAUCCAGUAAUAGCACACACAGUAGCACUACAAACAACAAUGCAGGUGUAAGAGUUGGUGAGAGACGUAAAAUGGCCAAAAAAGUAUUUGAUCCAUCUGACAAUAAUGUUCCAAGCAAACGUAAAAGAGGCAGACCAGUUGGAUCUCUAAACAAAAGUACAAUAAAGAAGAGAUUAAUGAUAGCAGGCAAAGAUAAGGAAGACACUCCCUUAUCAGAUAGUCAGCGUUCAUUAGAUGGAAGUGCAGAUGAAAUAGAACAAGAUGAACCCCAACCUCACGAAACAUCAGGUGUCUGCUCAGUUUGCAGGGUGCAAAAACCACGAGGAUCAAAUGACAGACUGGUAGAGUGUCGAGAUUGUAAUAAUAAAGCUCAUUUGAGUUGUUUACAAUCUGGUUCAGGUAUUUUAAAACCUCGGCCAGAUAACACAUGGCAGUGCCCGCAUUGUAAAACUUGUGUAGUCUGCUGUGAAACUAAUGAUGCUGGUACAUUAACUGUAUGCAGUAUUUGCUCUGAUGCAUAUCAUGCCUUAUGCCACACCCCACGGAUACCUGAAAGGCUCAAAGCAUGGGAUCAGUGGGAAUGCAAUAAUUGUCUAGAAUCCCGUCCUACAGUCGUGGGAUCCCCUGCUAUAAUACCAAAUAACAUAAAUAGUAUAGAAUAUUGUAAAAAACCUUCACCAGCAAUAGACCCAUUUUUAAAACCACACGAAUUAGAUAGAGCAGCCACAAAAUUAAUUGAUGAAACGCCGAUAGAUAUAAGUAUACCAGAUAUAAGUAACUGGAAUGUAGAUGAUGUAUAUGACUACUUCACUGAGCAUUUUCCUGAAGCAGCCCCAAUUUUAAAAGAACAGGAAUUUGAUGGUCAAGCUUUGAGUAUGGCGCGCCGAGCGGACAUUGUUCGUGGUUUAGGACUGCCCCUUGGUCCUGCAUUGGCCCUAUACAGGAUUGUAGUGAAACUACAGACAAGAAAAGAUGAUUGGACAAUGUGUUGGGGAUGAAAAACUACAAUUAAAUAAAGCCAAUUAAAUAAACAUAUUAAAAUCAUAAUACUUGUAAAGAGUAUUUCUAUGUGAUCUUAGUAUUUUGGUUAAAUACAUUUUUUAUUGUUUAGUU